GGAGAUAGUCGCAAUCCGGCACGUUUUGCUAUAGAUGGUGUUACAGGUACAUGUAGUAGGGCUAUCACAACAUCAUCAGAACAAUUAUGGUGGAGGGUCGAGCUACAUUACGAGCUUUAUAUAAUUGGCCUUGUUCUCAUUAUACCAGAUUCAGUAACAGAGAAGUAUAGAGGUUUUACCAUUGAGAUAGGAAACGGCACGGAUGUAAAAGACUUAUGUUAUCAACAUGGAACUGACAGUAACGGAAGUAGAAAAUGACAAUCUACUGUGAAAAAGAGAUGAUUGGUAAUGUGGUGGAAAUUAAACUCGCUAAAAAUGUAGACACGCUAAAUCUAUGUGAGGUUAAAAUAUUUGGAGGUCGACAUUUAUCGUUUAACAAACAAACAUUGCCAAAAGAAACAUUACACUGGGAAGGAUUUUGGAAUUCAUCGUAUGCAGUAGAUGGAAGACAAAUGCGUCAGGGUGAAAACCAAGAUGUUGAAUCUGAAAGAACAUGCAUGGCAACUAAACAAACAAAAUCAAAGACAACACAUCAAUGGAGUGUUAACUUGGACACUGAGUAUCUUAUACAAGGGAUACAUUUCUUUGGUCGUUACGGCCAAUUAGCUCAGUCUAUGUCGUACGAGAUAUAUGUGCACGGGAACUACACUUUGUCACAUGAGCCUGUAUUCACUGACAUCCCGGCGGGUAAUCACAUAGGAGACUAUAAUCCGAAAUCUGUAAACUUCACGAAUCCAGUCUUUGGCUUGGAGAUACAAGUACAAAGAAGAAAUGCAAGAAUUCUUGUUAUAUGUGAAUUAGAAGUAUUUGGAGAAUGUCCUCUUGGAAAGUGUGGUUGGGAUUGCGAAAAGGUUUGCAUGUGUAAAAGUCAGACAACUGGGUUUGCAAAGAUUGAAGGAUGGUGUCCAUAUGGAUGUAAAGGUAGAUGGAGUGGACAUAACGGAACAUGUAAUAUUGAGUGUUCCAACACACAAUGGGGUCCAAAAUGCAAUAAGACAUGUGGUAAAUGUAAGAACAACGACUAUUGCAAUGCUUCGGAUGGGGCAUGUCCGAAUUCAUGUGAACCUGGCUGGAUCCCGCCUCUAUGUAUACAAGAAUGUAACAACAACACUUACGGCGACGAUUGCAAUUUCACAUGUGGACAUUGUAAGCAUGACCUUGCAUGUAACAAACAAAACGGCGAGUGCACUGACGGGUGUAGCCCUGGAUAUAAACAACCACUCUGUAAUCAAGAAUGUGAUCCACAUUGGUAUGGUAAAAACUGUAGUGAAAGCUGUGGAAAAUGUCAUGGAGGAGACAGUUGUGAUCACGUGACCGGAUAUUGUCCUGCUGAUUGUGAUGCAGGAUAUCAGGGCCAAAAUUGUCAGUCAUUUUGUUCUUCGCAAUUUUACGGUAUGAACUGUUCUAAAACAUGUGGAAGUUGUGCCAAUAGCGAAACAUGCGAUCCGAUAAACGGAGAAUGCCAAAAUGGAUGCAGUCCAGGAUGGAUAACCAUAAUGUGCAAUAAGAAAUGUGAUCCACAUUGGUAUGGUAAAAACUGUAGUGAAAGCUGUGGAAAAUGUCAUGGAGGAGACAGUUGUGAUCACGUGACCGGAUAUUGUCCUGCUGACUGUGAUGCAGGAUAUAAAGGACAAGACUGUCAAUCAAUCAUUGAUACGAAAGAACAAGGUGAUGCGCGUUCACCAACAGGAAUCAUUGUCGGCGCUGUGAUUGCAGUCUCGAUUAUUUUGAUCAUAAUCCUGGCUUGUUUUAUCUACAAGUACAAAUCAAAUAGGAACGCAGGCAUGUCUGAUAAAAGAACACAGCCAAUGCUGACAAAUGAAAGCAUUGAAGUAAACGAUGAAAUAGUGACUAGUAAAAAGAAAAAUGGUGAAGCGAAGCUAGUCGCACAAAAUCAACCUGAUGACUUAGGUACUGGGAAGAAAGAGAAGAAAGAAAGUGCAAUCAAGUUAUCGUCUUUCCGAACAUACAGUAAACAGGUUAAAAGUGAACCGACAAAACUUUACGAUGAGUUCAACGAGUUACCAUAUGGCCUGAAGCAUGAUGCGUCAGAAGCUGAAGCUGUUGAACACAAGCCUAAAAACAGAUAUAAAGAUAUGUAUCCCUACAACGCUAACAGGGUUAUUCUCCCUAAAAUUGAAGAGAAGCCCGAGUCUACUUACAUCAACGCAAGUUAUAUUGAUGGAUACCACUUCCCUAGAAAAUAUAUCGCUGCUCAAGGAGCCUUAAAAACGACAGUGAACGACAUGUGGAGAAUGAUGUGGUCACAAGAUGCGAAUGUGAUAAUCAUGCUGACAAACUGUAUUGAAAUAGGGAAAAUAAAGUGUGUUCAGUACUGGCCGGAGAGUGGCACCGAGACAUACGGCGAUAUACAAGUUGAACUUGUCUCUGUCGAGGAAUAUAGUGAUUUUAAAAUUAGAAUGUUCCUUGCUACUGAGACUGACUCUGGAGAACAUCGGUCCAUUGUCCAGUUUCACUAUACUGCCUGGCCGGACAAAUCAGUACCAGACUCCGCUCUGUCACUUGUACAGUUCUGGCGAAAAGUAAGAGGUCAUGAAAAGGCUGAUAAGUUUCCGUGGGUAGUCCAUUGCAGUGCAGGGGUAGGUAGAACAGGUACUUUCAUCGCGUUAGAUUACCUCUACGAUCAGGGUAAAUCCAAGAAUGUAGUAGAUGUUAAAGACUGCGUUAACACACUACGAAAACAGCGACUGAACAUGGUACAAACUAAGGAACAAUACUUGUAUCUUUGCGAGGCUGGAGCGGAGUCCCUUACUCCUAUUGGAGCUGUUCACAGAAAAGAGGAAUUCUUAGCCAUAUGCACAGAACUAAUAAGUGCAACCGGGAGCCAUGCUUUGCGAGCAGAAUUUGACAGCAUAAAUGAUGACACUGACAUAGACACUGAAACUGUAGAAGCAUUAUAUAAUAACACACAAGACCCUGUCGAAAAACAACGUAAUUUAAGCGCAUUUCGGGAGGAAAAUAUUCCAAAGUCAAGGGAUAUCACAAUUGUACCAGAUGAUUUACAUCGUCCAAUGUUAACACUGGCUGUGAAGGGUAGAAAUGACUUCAUUAAUGCGGUUUUUGUUUCAACCUAUAGGAAAACGGAUCGCAUGAUCUUAACGCAGUUUCCAUUAAAAGAUACAGUUGUUGACUUUGUUAGAAUGAUUUGGCAGCUGGAUAUAAAAACGUUGGUCUUACUAGAAGAUACUGUUACUGCGGAAGGCGUUUAUUGGCCAACAACUGAGGUUCCAAGGGCAAUCUCACCAUUCAAGGUGAUUCUCCUGAAUGACGUCAGACAUGAGUAUUGUACAAUUAGGACUAUCAGAUAUUCUUUCCUUCAAAACGACAAUGAACAGCAAAAGGAUGUUAAAAUGUUCCAUUUUCGAGCAUGGCCAAGUUUUGAAAAAACACCAGAGAGUACAUCGUCAUUUAUUCAACUGAUGUCCGAAAUAGAGCGGAUCGAUGAGAAAAGUAGUCCGUUGGUUAUACAAUGCCUAGACGGUGCUGCAAAGAGUGGGCUGCUAUGUCUUGUGCUCAGUGUUCUGGAAAGAAUGAAAACGGACGGCGACAUUGCGAUUGCGGAAACUUUACGAAUGAUUCGACUUAGAAGAAAACAAAUGAUCGGCAAUUUUGAGCAGUAUAAGUUUUGCCAUGAAAUUGUGCGGUCAUACAUCGAGACACAUGAUGUAUAUGCAAAUGUGCUGUAAUCAUGAUAACUAAAAAUAGACUACACUAUAAACAAUUCACUCCUUUUACCUAGUAUGUGUUUGCAUGAACGAAACAUAUCAAUGAGAACUAUUGACAUAUGAGCCGUGUCACGACAAAACCAACGUUAUGCGUUUGCGACCAGCAUCGAUCCAGACCGGAUGCAC